UUUCGUGUUAGAACUCCUGAAAAGCAGAGUAUCUUUAAAUCUGUUGAGCAAAACAAUUCAUAAAAGCAUGGGGUGGUUUCCUUUUCUUGUCCUGAGUUUCUUGCUUUCUCAUUUUCCUUCACAAACGUCUUCAUUGAUGCCAUUUUGCAACCACGAUGACGCCUCCGUCUUGCUUAGCUUCAAGAGCUCAUUUACUCUCGAUAGCUCUUCUCUCUCUAAUCCUUGGUGUGAGUCUUGUCAUCCAAAGACAGAAUCAUGGGAAAAUGGUACGAAUUGCUGCCUGUGGGAAGGGGUGAGUUGUGACACCAAGUCAGGUCACGUAAUUGGCAUAGACCUUAGCUGCAGUUGCCUUCAAGGAAAUAAGCUCCUCGAAGAUGAUUGGCUUGGCUAAAUUGCAAGAGGGUGUUUAUCACCUCAUUGUCAACAAGAAUAGCAAACCCACUCCACCUAGAUCCUCACAUGAGACUAAUUCAGCCACCACCUCUAUUACCAACUCCAAUAUUUGACAUUUUAGAUUAGGACAUCUAUCUAGAAACCGUUUGAAUGUGUUAUACCAAUAAUUUCCUUUCAAGUCUAUCAAUGAAAUGUGUGAUUUUUGUCA